GUCUCCAAUGACGUUGCCUUCCAUGUAGUUGCCUGUUUUCUUAGACACUCCUAGCUUUCUCCCACCCCGCCGGUUAUUGCAAUCCACCCCAAGGAAACCAUGGCCGAGGAGGCCUCGGGAUCCACCCGGCCGUCCCAGCAUGACGGGGGGCUCCAGAAGCGUGUGGCAGCACUGGAGCAGGAGCGGGCCGAGUUCAUCAAACUCAAACAGCAGCUGGAGUCGGAGUUCAACCAGAAACGGGCCAAGUUUAAGGAGCUCUACCUGUCAAAAGAAGAGGAGCUGAAGAGGCAGGCGGCAUCUCUGGAGGGUGCGCAGGCGGAGCUGGGUCGUGUUCAGACACAGCUCACUCAGGCCCAGGCUGAGAUGGAGAACAUCAAGGAGGUGGCGACCGUGUCAGAGAGCACUAAGCAGGAGGCUAUCGACCAGGUCAAAGGCCAGUGGCAAGAGGAGGUGGCAUCGCUGCAGGCCAUCAUGAAAGACACCGUGACCGAGUACGAGGUGCAGUUCCACCAGCGCUUGGAGCAGGAGAGGGCGCAGUGGGCCCAGUACAGGGAGGCCGUGGAGAGGGAGAUGGCCGAGCUGAGACGCCGCCUCUCGGAGGGCCAGGAGGAGGAGAACCUGGAGAACGAGAUGAAAAAAGCCCAGGAGGAUGCUGAGAAGCUGAGGUCAGUAGUGAUGCCUAUGGAGCAGGAGAUAGCAGCUCUGAAAGCCAAGCUCACCACAACAGAGGACAGGGUGAAGGAACUGGAGGCUUCCAAGGUGAAGGAGCUGAACCACGUUCUGGAGGCUGAGAAGUCGUGUCGCACAGAUCUGGAGAUGUACGUGGCCGUGCUCAACACACAGAAGUCUGUCCUGCAGGAGGACGCCGAGAAACUACGUAAAGAACUUCAUGAAGUGUGUCACCUGUUGGAGCUGGAGCGCCAGCAGCACAACCAGCUGAAGCACACCUGGCAGCGGGCCAACGACCAGUUCCUGGAGUCGCAGAGGCUGCUCAUGAGGGACAUGCAGCGCAUCGAGAGUGUGCUCUCCUCGGAGCAGCUGCGCCAGGUGGAGGAGAUGAAGAAGAGGGACCAGGAGGAGUACGAGAAGGAAAUUAUCAGCCAGACGAAGGAGAGGCAAGAGGAGGAUGGCGACUUCACCGAGCCUUUAGACGACUCAUUCCUCGGCCUCAGCAUUGAAGAGCCCCACACCAACCACAGCGGACAUGGCUCCAUGUACUCCUUAGACACCGAGGUGGUGGCCGGGGGGCCCCUGGACCCCUAUAAGGAAGGCCUCCGUCGGGCUCAGUCCACUGACAGCCUGGGUUCCUCCUCCGGGGCCCUCCAGGGCAUGCAGCAGGGCCUCGGGGGCCACAACCACAAAGCCAAGUCGGCCAGCCACCUGGACGAGUCGGACUUUGGGCCCCUGGUGGGCGCGGACAGCGGGGCUAUUGAGGGCUUCGGGGACACGGUUUCCGUCAGCUCCAUUCAGCUGACGGCGGGUCACUUCCUGUUGACGAAGGACCAGGAGAAGGCCAUCAAGGCCAUGACGCCGGAGCAGGAAGAGACUGCUUCGCUGCUCUCCAGUAUUUCCCAUGCCCCCGACACGGCUUACCUGGCCCCCUCGGGAUACCGGCUGGUCAGCGACAGCGAGUGGAACCUGCUCCAGCAAGAGGUGAAGAACGCGGGCAGGAAACUGGGAAGACGCUGCGACAUGUGCUCCAACUAUGAGAAACAGCUGCAGGUCAUUCAGGGCCAAGAGGCGGAGACAAGAGAUCAGGUAAAGAAGCUACAGGUGAUGCUGCGGCAGGCCAACGACCAGCUGGAGAGAACCAUGGCUGAGAAACAGGAGCUGGAAGACUCCGUCAAACAGGGCAACGAGGAAACCACUGUCAAGGUCUUGGCUCUCGUACAGAGAGUGCAGGAAUCUGAGACGCUGCUAACCACACUACAACAGGCCUUUAGUCAAGCCAAGAGGCACACCCAGGAACAGAUGGCAGUGCUGAUGCAGUCCAGAGAGCAGGUGGCUGAGGAGCUGAGCAGGCUGCAGAAAGACAACGAGAGCCUGCAGGGCAAACACAGUCUCCAUUCAUCCCUCCAGCAGCAAGAAGACUUUAAGCUACCCAACACCGUGCAAGAGCUCCAGCCCCUGGUACUACAGCUGCGGGAGGACAUUGUGGCGGUGCGCACGGCAGCAGACCACCUGGAGGAGAAACUGAAGGCGGAGAUCCUGUUCCUGAAGGAGCAAAUCCAGGCAGAGCAGGGUCUGAAGGACAACCUGGAGGACACGCUGCAGCUGGAGAUAGAGGGCUGCAAGGAGGAGAUAGCGUCCUUUUCCAGCCUGAAGACUGAGCUGGAGCGAGUGAAGGCAGAGAAAGAGCAGUUGGAGAGAAACCUUGCAGAGAGGAGCCGGACGUUGGAGAGCGUACACAGCCUAAAGACCAGCCUGGAGGAGCAGAUCAAGGAGGUCACAACAGCCAAGACCGCCCUGGAGAGCCAGGCACUGGAUGAGAAGGACAAGGCUCAGCGGUUACAGACGGAACUGGACGUCAGUGAGCAGGUGCAGAGGGACUUUGUCAAGCUCUCCCAGACCCUGCAGGUCCAAUUGGAGCGAAUCAGGCAGGCCGACUCUCUGGAUCGCAUCAAAGCAAUUCUUAAUGACACCAACUUGACUGACAUCAGUCAUCUUCCAGAGACAUGAUACUAUUGGUUGACACUGCAUACCCCGACCGCCUUCCAGUCUCCACCUGUCUCAUUGGCCCAAUGACAUUCUCCAAUUCUCCCAAGCCCAACCCCUGACCAUCACUACCACAGAAUAGUAUGAUGAAAUGGUUUGGGGAUGGGAAAAAUGUCCAAGAUGGAGGAUGGGGAAAAUCAGUCUGUAAGGAGAUGAAAGGCCUUUUUCUGUACAAGAGGAUUUGGAGCUUGUCUCUUCAGAAGUGACAAGGAACAUUACUACUAAAAGAUUGUAAAUAACAAAAUAACUGUUUAUGGUGGAUUGAAGCUUCCCUCCUCUGUGUGUGUGUAUGUAUGUGUGUGUGUGUGUCUAUCCCUGGUUUCUACUGUAGAUAUGGGACUGUCCAUGUUAGCUAAACCAAAGAGGAGUUUGUAGUCUUCUGAGGCACUUUUUCAUCUACAACUUCUCUGUCAGGUAAAAUGGGAUCAAACGGAUCUGCACUCUUCUCUGCUGUUUUGGCAACAAGCAGAUGAAUUUCCCUUUUUAUUUCUAUCUCACCAUCUAUGUAUCUUUCUCUCCUUAUUUCUCUUUCAUUCUCUAACUCUGUUCUUUUUUUCCUUCUUCGUAAUUUCAACUUGCCUACGGCAAAGACUUAAUGAAGGAGAUUUACUGAACAUAUUUGUACAUAACGAUGUAUACAGGAUAUAUAUUAUUGCAUUGAUGAAGUAAUUUGUUAUCCCCCCGUCAUAAUAAUCAGACCUGUGUUCCUUCUGUAGUCCACAUUAACCAUUUCACUAAGAAUCUACCGCUACUGCUACAUGAUUAAUGGUUUGCUCCCACCACACCCCCAGCUCUGAUGGUUGGUUGGUAUGAUCUGCCUCAAUAAAGCCUGUGGUUUCAGAACUGUA